AUGUGGUUCUGCUGUUUCCCGUGCUGGAGAGUGACGGACAUUUACCUGGAGGGGGACGAGGAGGAUGAGGCGGUAGAGAUGGACACCGACAGCGACGCCCAGAGCGUCACCCAGCGUGUCACCUCGAACGACACUAAGAGCAAUAUCACGGACGCCACCGAGGAGAUCAAGAGAGUGCGCUCGUGCGGCAUCAGCAACGGCCAGCAGAUUAUCCAGUCCAUCUGGAACGGAAGCGACUGGGUUCAAGAUACCACCCCCCAGGUAGAGAGACUGGUGAUCCAUACCGCCCAUGCCCCGCGGCCGUGCCCCGCUGCCAUCGCCGCUAUCGCCACCAUCGCCGCCAUGGUCUGGCCCCUGACUCCAACAGUGACUUCUAUAGACAUGGUGAUUCCCAGCACUGGACCCGUCCUUCGUCAAGCCCCUCGAGCAUUGACCCCCGCGCGCCUUGGUCUUGCUGCAUUAGAAGCAUCCGGCAUUUGA